GCCGGACCGUAUCAACUAGCGUCUUCCUGAAGCUCUUUUCUUUUUCUUCUCUUCUCGUUUUUUUCCGCCUCUUGCUUCUUCUUCUACACGCAUGCAGUGGUUUGCAUGCGUGCUGAUGCUUUGCUUUGCCUCCACCGCUCAAUCAGGGCCGGUCCGAAGCCAUUCACAAGAGUGUAGGAAAAGAAAGAAAAGGCGAACCAAGGGAACAAAGGAAACGAUCGAAAAAAUAAGCACAGAAAAAAGAAAGAUGAGUACGGAGUAUUGUGGAUUCAGCCCGAUAAACGAGGCUGGGCCGCUGGGGCACGGAGUAAUUGCUUCGUACUUGGAAGAUGAUGCAGCUUCGAAAACGAACCCCCGGCAACACCUUAUGUGUACGGUGGUACUUUCCUUUGCGAAUCCGUGCUGUACGACGGACAGCCAUGGACAGGCAGUAAGCAGGAAUCCCUCCGCCGUGCUUCGGCGUGCGCGACCUGCAACCUGUGCAGAAACUCGACGGUGCAUUGCACUGCAGGAUAGCGAUGAAGACGUCUUAGUCGUCGACAACCUCUUUUCCUAUCACUCACAGAACAGCGUCUUUCGAGAAAUCUGAUAACCCGGGGUUCGUGCCCAGCAUACCUUGGUGUAUUGGAUGCAAGCUACGGCAUGGGGCCCGGACGGAGCAUGGGAGAGAGACAUGGAGGGUGGGGGGCGCAG